GCGGACUGACCAUCGAAAGACUGUCUUUCGAAAAAUAUCGAUUUUUCGUAGAAUAUUUACGAAUAUUGCURCAUUUUCCUUCAAAUAUGAUCCCAGGAAGUUUAGUAGCUGUGMGAUUUCUUAGUUUAGUGGCACAUUUGGUUAUCACAGUCACAAUAUUUUGGGCAAAGGAUUCUAACGUUUUGGCGUGUUURCCGUCGCAGUACUCACAAACCGAAUACGACUCAAAACAUACUGAGCUUAUAGUUGGAUUGUCAUUGACACUAGCGUUCUUGUUGUUUGAGUUUGGUGGUUUUAUUGGUGGAGUCUCAAUGUUCAACAGUACAGUCUCAAUGCUUUCCAUUGUAGCACAUGCAUGUGCCGCAAUAACACUGUCAAUAUUUGUUGUUGAUGCUUGGGACUGUGACAAAUUUUGGUAUGUCUUUGGCUUUUGUAGGUGA